GGGCAGUUGGGCAACGAUAGUGCAGACUACUUUUACUACGUGAAAACUAACAUGGAUGCUAUAGUAACGAGAGAGAAGGAAUUUUGUAGAAUCAGCAUCCCUAUGCCUCCGAUAGAUGAGCAAGGCCUAGAGGAAAUCCUACAGCAGUCUCGUCACAGGGCCGGCAAAAAUGGUGCAUGAUGGCUGGAAGGCACCGCACUAAGGUGGGGAGAAGAAGAAGCAGGGCACCGUUGGAAUUCUGAAAGAUGAAAACGUUGGCAUUGCAAUGAGCUGUUCUCUUGCCUCCUUUGCACUCUACGGCAACAGUGUUAGAUGAAUGUGGAUAAGCUGAAGAAGAUGGCGGGCGCUGUGCGCACUGGAGGAAAGGGCAGCAUGCGCAGGAAGAAGAAGGCAGUUCACAAGACCACAACCACCGAUGACAAGAGGCUUCAAAGUACUUUAAAAAGAAUUGGAGUGAACACUAUUCCUGGUAUUGAGGAGGUCAACAUUUUCAAGGAUGAUGUUGUGAUCCAAUUUCAGAACCCUAAAGUGCAAGCAUCUAUUCCUGCAAAUACAUGGGUGGUCAGUGGAGUACCACAGACGAAAAGUCUGCAGGACCUGCUGCCAACGAUUAUCAACCAACUGGGCCCUGAUAACCUGGACAACCUUCGGAGGCUCGCUGAGCAGUUCCAGAAGCAGGUACCUGGUGCUGAGACUGGUGCCACUGCAGCUGCACAGGACGAUGAUGAUGUCCCUGAGCUUGUCCCGGGAGAGACAUUUGAAGAGGCAGCUGAGAAGGAACCGGAGCUUGAAGAGAAGAAAGAAUCAUAAUUUUGUUACAGAUUUCAUCCAUUGUUGAUCCAGUGCUGUCAUCCACCAUGCGAGAGACGUGCUCUUCCUUGAACUGAGUCUGACGUGCGCCAUUCUUCUCCAUAUGCUCCAGUUUCCAGUUUUACAAGGAUUUUGGUCGAAUCCCAGUCAAAUUGAGUUUUGCAACAAGUGUGUGUUUCACGUUUACAAUUAUUUUUUGUUGACGAGAAACACGCAGAGCUGUAAUCUAGUGGAGGCUUAAGCUGCAAAUGGUGGGCGGUGUGAUUAUGGAUGGGUGCUCUUAAGCACUUGUGUUUUUCAAAGUUUUCAUUGGCUGCCUGAUUUAAGCAGAGCUCUUAAGCACCGAGUUUUUCAAA